GAGGGCACUGUGCGGGCAACGAAGGAGGCAAGCUCAAGGGCGGUCCAUUGAAUUGAAUUGCCGUUGACAUUGCCACAACACCUUCCGAGUUUGAAAACUCUCAUUUAUUUGCAGUCUCUGCGCAAAAAUUUGGUCUCACACUUCGCCAUCUUUCUUCUCCGGACGCAGGUGUGUUUUAUCUUCCGCAGUUUCUCAUCUCUUUCGUUCGGGGCUUUUCCUUUCUUUGAAUUAAUUCUUAUUCCAACAAUUAUUCAAUUCCUUCCACCCCACGCAACUCAUGUUUUGUAUUUCGGGAAUUCUCAGUUUCUCUUGGUUCAGCUUUUAUUCCCACUGAAUUUCCAUCUUACAGUGCAUUAUCAUUCUCUUUGGGCAUAUCUUUUUUCAUCUCUGUUUCUCAUCUAUUCAUUUCUUGCCUCCCUUUUUCGGCUCUCAAUUUCCUCCCUAUGAAUUUUACCUUCGUUGCAGAAACCCUAUUUGUUUAGUAUGAAAAUAUAGAGUCGGCGAUCACAUUACUCGAUUGGGAAUAUAGCUGAGUGAUUGGUUAGAAUGAAGUGUUUCUUGUUCAAAUGUAAAAAAGCAUCGAAGUCCUCCCCAGAAUCGCAGAAAGAGAGACAGAAGAAUCAUCCAGGAUCAAAUCACGCUGUGAGUUCAGCGAGUUCGCUGCCAUCACCGAGAACCAUAACAGAAUUGUACAAAGAGAAAGAGCACAAUUUGAGAGUUUUCACUUUGCAAGAGCUCAGGGAGGCCACGAAUGAUUUCAAUAGGAUGCUCAAGAUUGGAGAGGGGGGUUUUGGGAGCGUUUAUAAAGGUACAAUAUUGUCUCAAGAUGGUCGAGGUGAUUCUAUUGUUGUUGCGAUAAAAAGCCUCAACACCCAUGGCCUUCAGGGGCAUAAACAAUGGCUGGCGGAAGUUCAAUUUCUGGGCAUUGUUAAUCACCCAAAUUUGGUAAAACUAUUGGGAUACUGCUCUGAAGAUAGAGAAAGAGGAAUCCAACGGCUUCUAGUUUAUGAGUUCAUGCCCAAUAGGAGCCUGGAGGAUCAUCUUUUCAGACGGGCUUUUCCCACCUUACCCUGGAAAACAAGAUUGCAGAUCAUGCUCGGAGCUGCCCAAGGAUUACUUUAUCUACACGAGGAAUUGGAGAUUCAGGUAAUAUACCGAGAUUUCAAAUCGUCCAAUGUUUUAUUGGACACGAACUUCCACCCAAAGCUCUCAGAUUUUGGUCUUGCUAGGGAAGGUCCAAUAGGUGAUCAGACCCACGUGUCUACUGCAGUGGUAGGGACAUAUGGAUAUGCUGCCCCAGAAUAUAUACAAACAGGCCACCUCAAAGUUCAGAGUGAUAUAUGGAGUUUUGGCGUGGUGUUAUAUGAGAUACUGACAGGGAGGCAGGCAUUAGAUAGAAGACGACCGAAAGAACAGAAGCUUCUAGAUUGGGUUAAACAGUAUCCUGCUGACAGUAGGAGGUUCAGCAUGAUAAUGGACCCUCGACUCAGAAAUGAGUAUUCACAUGGUGCUGCUCGGAAAAUAGCCAAGUUGGCAGACAGAUGCUUAAACAAGAAACCUGAAGAAAGGCCAUCCAUGAGACACGUGGUGGAAAGCUUGAAGCAAGCACUGCAGUAUUCAGAAACUUCAAAAAUGGCUUCUGAAUCAUCUCGUCCUAAAUUGCUCCCAAAAAGCAAAUAGUGUGACUCUUGGCAUAUGCAUUAGUUGGAUAGAUUGUCUGUUGUAGAUUCCUCCUUUUGGGGAUAUCUGGGGUUUUGAUCCUUCUGGUCAGUCCGACCCCCGAAGCUAGGUCCUGUCUUUAUCCAACACUGGCUUUGAACCUGGAAUCUGGAAGAUAUCAUAAUCGCAUUAAUAGGAGGAAUCUAUGCCGAAUUUAGUUUCCAUAGAAUAAAGUCAGUUUGUUUAUUUUGGAUGGUGGAAGUCACUGUUACUGUAACAUGGAGGAAGUCUCUAGCCAACUUCAUAGGAAGUGUGAAAAGGAAGAAACGUAUUCAGUUGGCCAGCCAAAAAAAAAAGAUGUGUUACGUAUUCAAUUGCAGCUGGUCAUAUUUUCGGAGGGGUCUCUUUUCUAUGUUCUUUUGGGCCCAUUUCCAAAUAGUUCUCUAAUUCAAGCUUC